UUGUCCCUUCCCCGCCGCCGUCCCCACGUGACCCCCCCACCCCACGUGACACGACACCGGGCGCCGCCAUGAUGGCGGCGGGCGAUGAAGCCGGGCCCGGGCGGGCCCUGGAGGCGCUGCUGGAGAUGGGAUUCGGUGCCCGGCGCGCGGCGAAGGCGCUGGCGCUGACCGGGAACCGAGGGGUGGAACCGGCCAUGGACUGGCUGGUGGCUCACGAGGACGACCCCGACUCGGAGCCCGAGCUCCCCCCGGAUCUGGGGGCGCUCCUGGGGGGGCCCCGGCAGCCGCCGGCCCCGGAGGACGAGACACAAAAGCUCCUGUCCGAGGCCGGCCGGGAGCGGGAGCGGCGCCGCCGGGGCCAGGAGCUCGCCAAGCUCCGGGAAUGGCGGCGGGAUGAGGAGCGGCGCCGGGCGGCCGAGGAGCGGCGCCGCGAGCGGGCUGAGGAACGCGCUGCUCGGCAGAGAGUGAGGGAGAAGAUCGAGCGGGACAAGGCGGAGCGAGCGCAGAGGUUCGCUCCGCUGCCCCCAGAACCGGCCCCGGUGCCCGCCCAGGAGCCGCCGGCGCCGCGGGAAUACGACGAGUGCCGGAUCCAGGUGCGGCUGCCGGACGGGCGGGCGCUGACGCAGAGUUUCCGGGCGCGGGAGCCGCUGGCGGCCGUCAGGCUUUUCGUGGAGCUACACCGGGACAACCCCGGGAACAACACCGGGAACAACACCGGGAACACCGGGAACAACACCGGGAACAACACCGGGAACAACACCGGGAACACCGGGAACAACACCGGGAACAGCCCCGAGCCCUUCAGCCUCCGCACGGCCUUUCCCCGGCGCCUCUUCAGCGAGGAGGACAUGGAGAAACCCCUGCAGGAGCUGGGCCUGGUUCCCUCCGCCGUCAUCAUCGUGGCCAAAAAGGAGGGGAGCUGAGGGGGGGACCCCCCAAAAAAACCCCAAAUAAACCCAAAAAAAACCCCAAAUAAACCCGAGCUUUGUCCUG